CAUGGAUACAAAAACUUAUCAGUUCCCGUCAGUAACCCCUUUCGAGUCGUUGGAGUAAGGAAACGCACACAUUAAUUUUUUAAAUUAUGUCGUCCAGCCAAAAUCAUAUCACCUUUUGGAAUGGGAAUAAAAUGCCGGUUGUUGGACUUGGAACUUGGCAGUCUUCAAAAGAAGAGAUUCAAAAAGCAGUAAAUGCAGCUUUGGAAGCAGGUUACCGUCACAUCGAUACUGCUUACAACUACUUGAACGAAGACGCUAUCGGAGAAGUACUACAGCAAUGGAUUCAAUCAAGAAAAGUUAAAAGGGAAGAGCUUUUCAUCGUUACUAAGCUGCCAAUGAUUGGAAAUCGUCCAGAAGACGUGGACAAAUUUCUGAGAAAAUCUCUAAGUGCUCUUCGACUAGAUUAUGUAGACCUUUAUCUUAUUCACGCACCAAUCGGCUUAAUUGGAAAACAUGAUCAAGAUGUUUUCCCCCACGACGAGCAAGGAUUUGCAAUGAUAGACAUGCACACCAACUUGGUGGAAUUGUGGAAGUCGAUGGAGAAGCAAGUAGACGCUGGUUUAGUAAAAUCCAUUGGUGUCUCCAAUUUCAACGAGGAACAAAUUAAACGUGUUAUCAACAAUAGUCGCAUCAAACCAGCAAACGUGCAAGUUGAAAUGCACGUCCAAUUUCAGCAAAAAUCGUUGAGAGAAUUUUGCCAGAAACAUGGCAUAACUAUUUGUGCAUACGCUCCCUUUGCCUCACCGGGUCGCAAUGAAUUUUACUCUAAACUUGGCCUUAAACCACCUGUUGUCAUUCCGGAUUUGUUUCAGCAUCCAGUAAUAGUUAAAAUUGCCGAUAAGCAUAAAAAAUCAAGCGCACAAAUUCUCAUAAAAUACUUGACUGAACUUGGUGUAUCCGUGAUUCCUAAAAGCGUCUCGUCUGAACGAAUUCGAUCUAAUUUCCAGAUAUUCGACUUUACCCUUUCACCGGUCGAUAUAGCACAGCUUCAAGAACUGGACCUAGGAGAGAUGGGAUUCACCUUUGAGUUUUCAUCUUUUUUUAAAGGAAUGGACAAGCACCCAGAAAACCCAUUCCCUCACCGCGCACCAAAGAAUUAGUUGUAUGACGGGACGUUUUUGAGAAGCUUCGAGAUGAACACAAAAACGAACGAAGAUUUAUGAAACCACAUUAUCAUAUUAUAUAUACAAAUAAUAGAUGGUCGUUUACUCGUUUAUGUUUAUUACGUUGAAACAUCGCAUCAUUUGUUGAACUGAUGAAUCUGAACUUCCAAUUUUUACAGAGUAAAUUUUGAAACUUUCAAACAAAGAAUGCAAACAUAUUUGAUCCUCUGCCUGCAAUUAAAAUAUAUAUAGUUUGUUGCCAAU